UGACGAGAAAAUAAAAUAUUUCAUAUUUCAUAUAAUAAAAUACAAAAGAAAUAGUGAGUGAGUGAUGUCAUCAGUUCCUCAUUUGCAUACCGACCGAGAUGUGCAUAUAACUGUUUUGUGAAAUGAAGCAAAACUUUAAAAUGCCAUAACUUUCUUAUUUUAGAUCCGAUUUUGAUGAAAUUUUCAGUGUUAUGCUUAAGUUGAAUUUUUAUCUUUUUAUUCAAAUCUAGUUUUUGUUGGGGUGGACUUGUCCUUUAACUAAGCUCUUUUUGUGAUAGUCCAUGAUUCCGUGGAUGUAAUUGACAUAAUUGCUGAUAUGAUUGUGGAUGCAGUACUAUAAAACGGUUGAAUUAGCUCACCCAUCAAACUCCAUUUGAUUAUUCCAGCACUUAUAACCAGGAGACUCGCAGAACACUCUUAUACUGAUUAUUACGAGGGAUGCCAAAGCUUUGAAAAAUAAAGUAAAACAAAGCAUGUAACUUUCUAAAUUGUGAAGAAGAAUUUAGUUCUAAUCAGCUUUGCUUCAUCUUUGGUAGGUCUUUAAGAGUUUGAAGCUGUUCAUGGAGAACAAGAAGGGUGAGGACAAACUAUUUGAUCGACUCAACACUGCUAUCCUCAACAAGUACCUUCAGGAGCUGAUGGAGCGCCUUACUGCCAAGGUUUUCAGGACCUUCAAUGCUUCCUUCACCCUGCAGAAUAAACUUAAUGAGCUUACAGAUGCUGAUGACACGGUCACUGCUAAAAUGCUGUCUUACAAUCGAGCCAACCGUGCCGUGGCAGUGCUAUGUAACCAUCAGCGCGCUGCACCCAAAAACUUUGACAAGCAGAUGCAUAACCUCCAGGAAAAGUUCACCAAAAAGCAACAGGACACCAAUGAAGCUUGCAAGGAGCUGGAAGCCAUCAAGAGCGAGUAUAAGAAUAGCCGUAAUGAGGAAUUGAAAUUGGCCUUGGAGAAGAAACAGAAACAAGUAGAUCGUCUAGAGGAUCAGCUUGCUAAGCUAGGGAUAAAAGCCACAGACAAGGAGGAGAACAAGGAGAUUAACUUGGUAACCUCCAAACUCAACUACUUAGAUCCAAGGAUAUCAGUGGCAUGGACCAAGAAAUGGGAUGUGCCUAUUGAGAAAGUGUACAACAGAACUCAACGAGACAAAUUCCGAUGGGCCAUAGACAUGGCUGGAAAAGACUUUGUAUUUUAAUCCUAGUUUUUAACUUUUAUUUCUCUUUGUAUAUUUAAUCUUGAGGAUCUAGUACUGACAGUAUUCACAAAGCUUCAACUGCCACCACAUAGUUGAAGUGUGAUUGUUGUAUUGUUUUGCUCUGUUCAAAAUCUUAUCCUGGACUGCUUAGCUCAUUAGCUGCUUCAGUAAGUAUAUAUAUAUAUUAGCAAUUAACUUGUAUCAUUUCACAUGCACAUGAUGCACUAUUAAAUCCUACAGAAAAAAACCUGUGAAAUUAAGGUAAAUGUUUCACAUUGGACUUGUCAAGUAAGGGCUUUCGAAUGUAUGUUUUAUUGUCACAUGUUCAGUUUGUGGUUUGGCAAGUGAUUCACAACCAUUUAGCAGUGCUUGGUGAAUACUGUCAGUACCGUAUUUUGUAAGUUGAUCAUGAUGUUUUUUAGCAGAGUCAUUUUCGAGGGAUUUUUUUUUCGUGUGGUUUAUUUCACUGUGAUGAUAUUGUAGCACCCUUUUGGUGCUACAUAAUAUAAUAUGUAGUUAAAGGGAUGAAACCCUUUGAAGUACUACCCCCCCCCCCCUCUCCCUGUAUGUAUAUUGAAUACCCAUAUUUAUAUAGAUAGACAACUUUUGAGAUGGAGAGAGAGCAUCUUCCUCCAGACAUCACUUUUCAAUAUUUUCCGUAUUUUCCUGAUUCUCAGGUCACUGGUCGUCUGACCAUGAACGGCAUCACUAUUUUAUUUCUUUCUGCAAUGAGACCCUCAAUGCCAUUAUGUUAGUCUUAAUGUAUCAAUAGUUGUUUGGCAACUGUUUUGUCCAGUGAAGUAAAUUCUAAGUAUUCUUUGAACUAUAUGUUCAUACCCAUUCAGACAAUUAUGUAACUAGGAGUUACACCAUUUUUUUUAUAACUGUAAAUAUCAUGUAUAUAAUGUUAAUUUGUUAGAUUAGAAUUAAAGGAACAUAUAUCCUUUAUAUUAUGAGUGUGUCAGUUUAUUUUAUUGAGUUUUAUUAUUUACAUUAGUUAAUAGCAUAGUGUGAAUGUUGUUGAUUGAUGGUGUUUGAUUAUGUGAUGUGUGAUUAUUACUUAGUAAAACAAUUACAACAUAAGUUUUAUCUAUGUUCUACCUCUGUAGACGGACAGGGUGGGGAUUCUUUGUUUAAAAAUCCUUCCGCUGCGCUGUUGUUUAUUGUCCCGUGCUACAAUUGGUAGCAGAGCGAGAUUAUUAAUUUUAAUUGAUAGACUAUAGUAUUGCUUUGUCUUUGCAAUUGUUAGGUUUAUAAUUUGUAUGACCAAAGUGAUAUAUAUUCCUUUUGUUUAUCUUUUGUAUAAAUGGUAUUAAGGGAGAGAAGGUGUAAGUAUAGGUAUUAUGUAAAAAUACCUUUAGGAACUCUUAUAUGAUUGUAGUUCAUUUUUUUCCGUUUGUGUGUGUUAUUGAAAAUCCUAUCUCUACACCAUUUAGCUCUGAUGUUUGAGUAA